CGUCAACGUCUCGUCAGUCAGUCAGCGUCCCAAACAAAUUGUGUCCUCCUGAAAGUGGAAAUACCCAGCUUCAAACUUUUAAAUUUAAGUGAAAAUUUACCUCCUAAAGAACAACGUUUAAAAAGUUUGAAGGCUUGAACGUCGUAAUCUGUAAAUCAACGGGGGAGCUGUGCUGGAUUUGUGUUGUGUUAUCUGAUAAUAAGUUAAAUUCAUUUUUUUUUGCUUACUGGAACGCGUUUGAUUAGAGGCAGCGCUAUGGAAAUAAUAAGAAUCGACGAAAACGACAACUCCGGAGGAAGCAGCGACAGCAAAAUGGUUUCCAAAGUAAUUAGUUUCGAUGAGCUUGUUAAGGCGGCCAUCGAAACGUUCCGGAGCACAUUCAAUGCGGAACCGGAUAUUGCUGCCUGUGCCCCGGGCCGGGUCAACCUGAUCGGGGAACACGUCGACUACAACGAUGGCUUCGUGCUGCCGAUGGCACUUCCCAUGGUGACGGUAAUCGUGGGCAAAAAGAACUACACUCCGUCGACCUGUGACGUCAUUACCUGUUUCCAAGGAGUCUCGGAGCAGAAACGGGCCCAGUUCGAUAGCAGCAACAUAGCCAAAGGCUCCCCGAAAUGGCUGAACUACGUGAAGGGAGUGAUGUUCCACUUCGGUCAGCCGCUGCCCGGCUUCAACGCAGUCAUCCACUCGAACGUUCCGGUGGGCGGAGGUUUAUCCAGCAGUGCUGCCCUCGAAGUGGCCACAUUGACCUUUCUGGAGCAACUGACGGCUCGGAAAAUCGAAAAAACAUCCGAUAAGGCACUGGUUUGCCAGAAAGCCGAGCAUACCUUCGCCAACAUGCCCUGCGGAAUCAUGGAUCAGCUUAUCUCCGUCUGUGGCCAAAGGAACCGGGCUCUGCUGAUUGACUGCCGGAACCUUUCCGUUCAGCAGAUUCCCUUCGAGGCGGCCGGGCUGGCCGUUCUAAUCUGCAACUCGGGCGUGAAACAUGAACUGUCCUCCAGCCAGUACCCGAUCCGGCGGAAGCAGUGCCAACAGGCGCUUCAGUUGAUGGGACUCGGAAGCUACCGGGAGGCAACCGAGAAGCACCUGGACGCCAUGAAGGAUGCUGACGAGGUGCUGCUCAGACGGGCUCGCCACGUCAUCAGCGAGAUCAAACGAACGGAGGCUGCGGCAGCGGCGCUUCGAGCCGGCAACUUUGAAAAGAUGGGAAAAUUAAUGAUCGAAUCGCACACAUCACUGCGGGAUGAUUUCGAGGUUUCGUGCCACGAGUUGGACAUCCUGGUGGAGGGCACGUUGGGAGCGCCCGGGGUCAUUGGAACCCGUAUGACCGGAGGCGGUUUCGGAGGCUGCACCGUGACCUUACUUCGGAAGGAAUGCAUGGAGGCCGCGGUCAAGGAGAUGGAUACCAUCUACUCCCGGAAGGUUGGCGGCAAGUAUCGGGCCCGAUUUUUCCUGGCCGAACCGGCUGACGGUGCCCGGUUGAUUAAUUUGGACCAUUACUGGCGAUAGUCUUUGGGUGGAAGUCGUUAUCUCCGGACGUUCCGAGAUGAUGAUGAUGAUGAUGAUGAUGGACAGGGCAGGAAGAUUCGGAAUCUAUUGGUUCCGUGGUCGAGUGGCUGCGGUUGACUGAACGAUUUAUCAUUCCGUUAGUAAGUAGGGACCGAAAAGUUCAAAUAAACAUAUACCCGUUAGUUCGUCCUAAA